AUGCCCAAAGAUCGAUCUCUUUAUACUGUUAACAGCAACCCGGAACCUUUGAAGCGGGUCUUUAGCGUGGACGACGACAUCCAUGAGAUAGAGAACGAUCAUAGGCAAUUCGAAGGUUUACCGGAAGGUUCGAAAUAUGUCGCCCCCAGCAAAAGAAGUCCCAGCAAUGUAAACACACCACCACCCGCUGCUGGGAGGCCCACUUCGGUGAGACACAAAAAUUCCUCGGCGUCUGUGGCUGGAGGACCAGAUCAUAUCGAUAACACUGACCAAGAUAUGGGUAACAGUUUCAACAAUUCCGGAGCUGUUCACGGCGACGAGGAAGACCAAAACUCAAUUGCCUCGAAUGAGUCCUAUACAUUGAGGCGUCGUCAAGAUGCCAUCAAUGAAACGCAUCCCUUUGGUAUCAGAAUUUGGAAGCCAGCCCUGUACAAAAAAAAAAGAUCUGUGCAGAAAGCUGCCAAAGAAGAUAUUCACGAAACUACUUACAAGCGAAUAUCAUGGAAAGUGCAUCUGGCCAAUAAUCUCUGGGCAAUGACACUAGGGCUAUUUUUCAUGCUUUUUUUGAGUGUUUGCAGUCUUCUCGUGUGCUUUUUCGGACUUUUCACACCAACCUGCUUAGAGUACGCCUCCGUGCUAUUCAGGCUUGGCCGCUACCUGUUUUGGCCUUUUGGCAAAAUUGUUCUCAUGGUCAGCGACAAGCAGUAUCUACAUGAAGACCAAGAUGAAGGAAUAUCUGCCCAGCAGUUUUACGGGUGGGUGACCAAUCAUCGUAACAGAUUGUACUUCCAUAGACCUUCACAGGGAGGCAUGGACUACGGGGCAACGGAAAGUGGAAAUAUGACCGCUGCUGAUAGACAAAGACGACUGUUUGGUCGAGGCCAAUGGUCAUAUGGCCGCUUCACCUUUUACGUUGUUCUGUACCUUUUUGUUCAGCCUGUGGUGCUCUUUUUUUCAUUUCUCACUUGGUUGGCUGUGUUCACCAUCCCAAUGAGCGGUAUUAUGUGGGAUUUGAUGUAUCACUGUAGAAGACAUCCUUUGGCGCUGGAAUUCAAGACCUUGACACAUGGCGUUAAUGAAAUCAAAGACAAAAAUGUGUUGUUAUGCACUUUCAGAAGCGCGGGUUCUCACUAUUACAAAUAUACAGUGGACGGAACGAAUGUGAUUGUCAUGAAUUUGGGGGCUCUAGUGGCUUUCACAAUUAUCCAAUUCUACAUUCUUCAAGAGCACGUCUUUGCAAUUAGUGAGUCUGUCAUUUUCUGUCUGUGUUUGCUGUCCAUUAUUCCUUUGGCCUUUUACAUUGGGCAGGCAGUCGCUUCCAUUUCUGCCCAAACAUCAAUGGGGGUCGGUGCUGCUAUCAAUGCAUUUUUCUCUACAAUUGUGGAAAUCUUCCUUUAUUGCGUCGCACUUCAACAAGAAAAAGGACUGCUGGUUGAAGGAUCUAUGAUUGGAUCCAUUCUUGGUGCCGUACUUCUCCUUCCUGGAAUGAGUAUGUGCGGUGGAGCCUUCAAAAGAAAAACGCAGAGGUACAAUCCCGCGAGCGCAGGCGUUUCGUCGGCUAUGUUAAUAUUUUCCAUGAUCGUCAUGUUUGUCCCCACGAUAAUAUACCAAAUUUAUGGCGGGUAUCUGGUGGAUUGCUCUGUUGAGUCCAGUGAUCAGCCAUCCAGAUGUUACUUUCGUCAGCCUCCUUUGAAAUUCAAUGCACUCUAUUUGCACAUUAUAAAGCCCAUGUCCUUGUUUUGUGCCUUUGUGCUGUUUCUGGCUUAUACCUUGGGCUUAUGGUUCACACUACGUACCCACGCUGCAACUAUUUGGCAGGUACCAGAGAAGUUACAACAACCCAACAAUAGUAGCCAGUUGGGAUACAUCCCAGAGGAAGAAGACGAAGAUGGCGGGCAUGAUGGCCCCAAUUGGUCGCGCCAAAAGUCAACUUGUAUUCUUUUGGGGGCCACUUUAUUGUAUGCCAUCAUUGCUGAGAUUUUAGUCGACUGUGUGGAUAACGUCUUGAAACAGUUCCCAUCUCUGGAUCCCAAAUUUCUAGGUCUUACGGUGUUCGCUUUGGUUCCAAAUACGACAGAGUUCUUGAAUGCUAUUUCAUUUGCGAUACAUGGGAACGUUGCAUUGUCGAUGGAAAUUGGCAGUGCUUAUGCUUUGCAAGUUUGUCUACUGCAAAUUCCAGCUCUAGUGGUUUUCUCAAUAAUGUACACCAUCCGCACCCCCACGGAUAGCAUUGUUAUCAGAGAUCAGAUGUUCUCGUUGGUGUUCCCACGCUGGGAUUUGUUGGCUUGUAUGGUGAGUGUUUUCUUGUUCACCUACUUAUACGCUGAAGGCAAAUCGAACUAUUUCAAAGGCUCGAUAUUGAUACUGUUAUACAGUGUUAUUGUGCUUGGGUUUUAUUUCCAGGGCGCUAUCGACCAAAACAACUGGGACAACUAG